GCCGGGGAGGGGUGGGGGGUAUCCGCCCGCUCCGGGCCGUCCCGUCCCGGCGCCUCGCUGGGGCUUGCGCGGCUCCCGGGCGCCGGGAAUGCCUGACACGCAGCUCUUCCCCCGGCCCUCCCGAGCGGGGAGCGGGCUGGUGUCGUCUUACACGCCUUAUAUAGACCGCACCGGUCCAGGGAGAGCGGGGGCACGCUGGCCCCCGGCCCUGCGGCCGGCCCGUGCGAGGCGUGGGGAGCCCCACAGCCGGCCCUGUCCGCCCUCGGGGGGAAGGUCCUGGGGCCGUUCGCAGGGGUCUGGCGGCUCCUUCCAGGUAAAAGGUGACAAGUGGCUGGCGCUGGCCCGUCUGUCCGGAGCCUUGGCCGGCUGACAGCUGUCAGGCAGGGGAGCGCCGGGAUUCCCUCCUGCCGAAGCCCCGGAGAUGGGCUCGCUCCCAGGGAGCAUCUGCUCGGCCGGCUGCCGGAGCGCCAGCCUGGCUGCUGUGCCAGCGCCUCGGGUGGCAUCACGCAGCUCCUGUGCUGCUGCUGCUAAUUCAUCCGGCAAAAAUGCUUCUGGUUCCUAUCCUUCUGUACCUGCUGUUGCUUCUCUGUGGUCUGAACAGCCUUGGCUCUCAGCAGCAGAAGUUCCUGGGGUGCUGCAAAGGAGAGCACAUCCCAGGUUGGGGAAGAGAGCAGAGCCCACAGAUACUCCACUGUGGGUGGCAGCAGGGCUGUGCCUGGCUCCCUGGCACUAGUCAGUGUUAGCCUGGGCCCCUCAGCUCUGACGUUGCUGGAGGAGAUGCUGAUGGAUUUGGGGUGCGUCUCUGACCACAGUGUAGGAUGGUCAGGGUGGAGUUACAGGUGGAAACGUGACCUGCCUCCUGUCCUACCCUGCCAGGCACCGAGCCCUCUCCUCGCCUCCUCUCCCUGCAUUGUUUCCACAUUCCCUAACACUGGGAUCACACCCUCUUCCCUUGCAGAGAUGGGCGACAUGGAGUCCUACAAGGUGAUGCUGAAUGGGCCAGCACCCUGGGGCUUCAGGCUGCAGGGAGGGAAGGAUUUCAGCAUGCCGCUCUCCAUCUCCAGGCUGACUCUGGGUGGGAAGGCAGCCCAGGCCGGCGUGGGAGUGGGCGACUGGGUGCUGUACAUCGACGGGGAGAGCACCAGUGCCAUGACACACAUCGAGGCCCAGAACAGGAUCCGUGCCUGUGGGGACAGGCUCUGCCUCACCUUGAGCAGAGCCCAGAACCAGCUGGGGAAGCCGCAGAAGGACUCACUCCCCUGCUCUGAACCCCUGAAAUAUAACUUCGCUCCCAGCACCGCCCUCAACAAAACAGCCCGGCCCUUCGGGGCCGGCUCACCUCCGAACCCACGGCCCGGGCUGGUGACGAAACCCGUGACGUACGCGCCCCUGGCGCCCGCCUGCACCCCCCAGCACAACGGGCAGCCCCCACAGCUGCUGGAGUCCCCCAGCACCCCCGUGUGUGACCCUGUGAAGCUGCGGAUGUUAGAGGACAUUGAUGACUCAAAGCCCCCCAGCUGGACCUCCCAGUCCCGCUCCUUCCGCAAACUGUCCCGCCUGGUGGGCGCCGAUGGCAUGGAGGAUGGUGAGGACGAGCUUGUUAAAAAGCCCAGUCACUCAGGGGAAGCUCUUUGCUCUGUUGCUGUUUUUUCUCUCUGUCUGCAAGAGUCGAGCUGUUGGUGGAGCUGCAGAGCUCACCCGCAGUGGGCACUGCCAGAGCUCAGCCACUGCUCUGGCUUCCACCUCGGGAGGGUCCUGCCAGGACACACCAGCCAACAAGGUGUCCUGUGCUGGGUAGAACCUGCUGGGCACUGCUGGCACCAAGCUGGGGAGGCCAAGCUCUGCCAUUGCUUCUUGAGGAAGAGGGACCUGGAGAAGGCUGGUGCACAGAGAACACCUUGCUGGGGGUAUUGGGAGGUGCUAGGCAGCAGCUGGACAGUGUGCUGUGAGCCUGGCAUGGGUCUGCAGGACAGUGUGGAUGCCCAUGGGUCCAGCUGGGGCACAGUGGAGCAGUGGUGAGUGCCAGGGCAGCCUCUGGAGCCCCCCAGCACCCCCGGGUGUGAUCCUGGGAAGUUGAGGAUGUUGGAGGAUGCUGAGGACUGGCAGCCCCGCACUGGCACCUCCCAGUCCCGCUCCUUCCGCAAACUGGCCCAGCUGACGGGCACAGAUGGCAUGGAGGAUGGUGAGGAUGAAUUUAUUAAAAAGCCCAGGGAUGCCCAUGGGUCCAACUGGGGCACGGGGCAACAUCGGCAGCCCCCUCAGGCUCUGGAGCCCCCCAGUGACACUGUGUGUGACCCUGUGAAGCUGCGGAUGUUAGAGGACAUUGUGGACUCAAAGCCCCACACCUGGACCUCCCAGUCCCGUUCCUUCCGCAAACUGGCCCGGCUGGUGGGAGCAAACAGCAUGGAUGAUGGUGAGGAUGAGCCCGUUAAAAAGCCCAGACUUGAGGUGUUUUCAGAGCUGCACAAUGGGCACUGCCAGCAUUCAGUCACUGCUCUGACCAUCACCUCAGGAGGGUCCUGCCCCAAGCACCCACCUGGGGAUUCCCAUGGGUCCAUCUGGGGCAUAGUGGAGCAGCGGGAGCCUCUGGAGCCCCCCAGCACCCCCGGGUGUGAUCCUGGGAAGCUGCGGCUGAUGGAGGACGCGGAGGGCUGGCAGCCCCGCACCGGCACCUCCCAGUCCCGCUCCUUCCGCAGGCUGGCCCAGCUGACAGGCACAGAUGAGAUGGAGGAUGGUGAGGAUCAGAUUGUUAAAAAGCCCAGGGAUGCCCAUGGGUCCAGCUGGGGCACGGUGGAGCAACGACAGCCCCCUCAGCCUCUGGAGCCCCCCAGCACCCCCGGGUGCAGCCCUGGGAAGCUGCGGCUGAUGGAGGACGCUGAGGACUGGCAGCCCCGCACCGGCACCUCGCAGUCCCGCACCUUCCGCAGGCUGGCCCAGCUGACGGGCACAGACAGCAGCAUGGAGGAUCAUGAUGAUGUGUUUGUUAGGAAGCCCAGCCAGGUCUCCGUGCCGGACCCGUCCCCAGGAGCAACGAUGAAAACUGAGCCAGGACUGGCCCCCAGGACCCCCAGUGCCACCCCCAGCCCCACCAGCCGCCCACCCUGGGCUGUGGACCCCUCGUUUGCCGAGCGCUACGCCCCGGACAAGACGAGCACGGUGGUGAGCAAGCACAGCCAGCCUGCCACGCCCACCCCCAUGCAGAACCGCAGCUCCAUCGUGCAGGCAGCCCAGCAAGCCCCCGAGGGGCCCGGCCGCACCCCCCUCUGCUACAAGUGCAACAAGGUCAUCAGGGGACGGUACCUCGUGGCGCUGGGACAUUAUUACCACCCCGAGGAGUUCAUCUGCUGCCAGUGCAGGAAGGUGCUGGAUGAGGGCGGCUUCUUUGAGGAGAAAGGCUCCAUCUUCUGCCCCAAGUGCUACGACACGCGCUACGCACCCACCUGCGCCAAGUGCAAGAAGAAGAUCACUGGGGAGGUGAUGCACGCACUGAAGAUGACCUGGCAUGUGCAGUGCUUCACCUGCAACGCCUGCAAAACUCCCAUCCGCAACCGAGCCUUCUACAUGGAGGAGGGACAGCCCUACUGUGAGAGAGACUAUGAGAAGAUGUUUGGCACCAAGUGCCGUGGCUGUGACUUCAAGAUCGAUGCUGGGGACCGGUUCCUGGAGGCGCUGGGCUUCAGCUGGCACGACACUUGCUUUGUCUGUGCGAUCUGCCAGACCAACCUGGAAGGGAAGACGUUCUACUCCAAGAAGGACAAGCCUCUGUGCAAGAGCCACGCUUUCUCCCAUGUGUGAGGGGUGGGAAUCCAGCUGUGCCCACACAUGCCCCUGGCCCUGCAUGCUCCUCUCCCCCUGCCCUGCUGGCCCCAGGGAGCCAGGCUGGGCCCUUGGCC